AUGAAACUACGCGCUCUUUUAAGAGAUAACGACGUCUGCGAUGUGGUGUCUACUCUAUGGAUGAUCAUGCCUGGAGUUCGCGAAGUUGGGUCUUUCCUUACUACCUUUCCACUCAACAAGAAUGGUGAGGGAAGGUCAAUUCAGUGGCGCGUCGACGGAGAUUACGUGCCAGAUCGAGUGCGAUUCAGGCUAGUCGAAUCGCUUGUUGAUGAUGCGUUGGAUAAGCUGAGGGGCGGAUUGGCGCUAGAUGAAGAAAUUGAGUUGGACAGGGACGGUGAACGAAUGGGCAGCAUUGAGAGUUACGUGGUGUCAAUUGAAAAAGUUGGUCAGUUCACCAGAGAGCAACUGGAAGCUAUGAAAUCCUUGUGGGGGCUACAAGAUACUUGUCGCAAUGCUGUUCUUUGCUGUACCUGGUUGAAUAGCACUGUUAAACCCGCGUGUUGGCCGUAUACACCGCUGGUUGGGUUCGGAUUCGACCUGACGUACAACAAUCUCUUUUGCUUUCGAGAUUCCGCUUGGCUAAACGAUAAUGCCAUGCGUGCUUUUGCGGUUUGUCUCGCACGGUACAAGAACAAUUGUACAGUUGUCAUUCCGCCCCCCAAAAAAGCCAAAGAUGCCAAGAAUGGAACCCAACCAAAGGCCACCAAAAGUCGUAUCUCUACAAGCACGCUCGACAAAGUUGGUGAAAGUGUUGCCUCGCACCAAUUCGUGCUUCUUCCUAUCAAUUUUGGUGGCACGCAUUGGGGAUGCCUCGUGGUUAAGCGAGACACCAAGGUUAUCAAGAUGUACGACAGCAUGGGCGGUAAGAGAAACAAGAAACGGUUGCAGAAGAUGGCUGAAGAAAUCCGUACUGGGCCUCUACGUGACGAUUCCUACGAAGCUUUGGAAGUAACCGAGCCGGUGCAAACGGACAGUGACAGUUGCGGUGUGUUUGUCGAUGUGUCCCCAGCUGGUAUUACGAAGCUGAGGUGGGAGAUGCUGCACGCAGUCAUGAAGUUGAGGCCGCGCUAG